CUCCUCUUCCUCGAGUCAGCCAACCCUCCGUAUCUCUUCAGCCCAGUGCAUGUCUCAGUCUACCGCCGCCAAGCCUUCGCUCCAGGGGGUACGCAUCAAAGCCAGAAAGCGCGCCGUCAAGGCGCAAGCAAAGCACGAACCUGCAGUCUUCCGCGACCAACUCUACAAGCACCUCGAGACCGUCCCCGAGGGCGAUUUUGACGCGUUCACUACCAAACUAGUCCAAGCCGGAUCCACGCUCGAGUUCCUCAAAUAUGCAGAUGCCCUCUUCGAGAUCAUCCUCGUCGGCGGCCUCCUCCAGCCCGGCGGCAGCUACCUCGACGACGGCGCCCCCGUCUCGCCUUUCACCAUCUUCAACGCCCCCGAGCCGGUGCAGAUAGCCGAUCUCAAGCCGUAUGUCGAUGUGCUGAACAAGCUUAUCCGGAGGUACAAGUACCUGCAGAAGCCUCUCGAGGAGUCCGCCCUGCCGACGCUGCUCCAGUACAUCCAUAGGUGGACCCCUGCGCAGAAGGACAAGCUCGCCCUCACAACAGGGCUGCUCAUCGGGCAGGGCCUCGCCAGCGCAUCCUGCUUGCAGUCGCUGACGAAGGACCAUCUCUUGAAGAAUGACGUCUCGAUUGACGUCCUCACCCUCGUCUUCCGCGCCUUCCUCACUGAGCAGGGCAUGGAGCACCUUGCCAGUGCGCUCAAGAAGGGUGGUAUCAAGGAUCUCCUGCUCUUUUUCCCCGCCAACAAGCGCGAUGCAAAGAGCCUGGAGGAACACUUCCGCGCAGCCGGCCUCCCCCAGGUGUCUGACUGGUAUAUCAAGAAGCAGAGCGCGGCGUUCAAGGAUAGCCUCACGGCUGAUCUGCGUGAAAUGUCCGAACGUGAGGAGUCGGCAGAGGCAAUUGUCGCUGCCGUCAAGGCCAAGCAGGAGGAGACACCCAUCCCAGAGGCCGAUCUGGUUCAGUGCCUGUGGCACGGCCUGAUGAGCUCUGUUGACUGGAGCGCACGCGCAGACCAAAUCGAGAGUCUAGCGCUUCGCGAGGUGGCGAAAUUCGCCCCCAUCCUCGAGCCCUUCUGCUCUGGGCCGAAGUCACAGGUUGCGCUCAUCAACAUCGUCCAAGUGUAUUGCUACGAAGAUUCCCGUGUCAUGAAGGCUUUCCCGCAGAUUCUCAAGGUGUUGUACAACAAAGACUGUAUAUCAGAUCAGGCGAUCAUCUACUGGUUCCAGAAGGGAUCUAAGCCGCAGGGCAGGCAGCACUUCCUUAAGGCGACGGAGCCGUUGGUCAAGUUCUUGCAGGAGCAAGAGGAGGAGAGCGACGAGGAAGAGGAGUAAAUUCGUCUUACAUGAACGACGUUCUUUACCUUGGUUGAAGGCCAGCCCUUCGCAGCUGCUGGCCAUUCGUGAAUUGAAGUGCAUUCCAUUCGAUCUCAGGACGUUCCGACGACGAUGUAUCGCUGUAGGUAUGUCUACUCAAAGCUGGAGGAGCUGAUAGAAGUAUCAUAAGCGGGCGG